AUGUUUGAUUACGGAUUAAUGAUGCCAGGAAGCAGUGGUGACGAAUCAGACACAUCUCGUGGUGUUCCUUCAAGUUUGGACACAGUUCCAAGAGGAUUAGAUGUAAUUCCAUUGAGUCCAAGCAGUGAUUCAUAUUAUAAUAAAGACAGUGAUAAAAAAUUAACAAACGAGAUUCUCCUUGAAGAAAUGUCUCGUUUUCUACAUGAUCAAACACAAAACCUCGACGUUCGCAACGGUGCUGUGUUUUCAAAAGCAAAAAUAAAUAAAGGAACAAAAUACGGACCAUUUAAUGCAAAAUUUACUGAUAAGCCACUUGAUCGACGAUAUGCUUGGGAGAUCAUUGCUUCGCCAAGUAUUCGUUGUUGGUAUGAUGCUUCAAGUGAGCCUACAAAUUGGAUGAAAAAUAUAAACAGCACUGAUGAAAGUGCGUCAGUCAACAUUCAACAUAUUUUUAUUAAUGGUCAAAUUUGGUACGAAGUGAUAUGUGAUAUUUACCCAGACACUGAGCUACUUUUAGGACCCAAAGUUCCUUUACAUUUUAGUGAUAUGCGACGAGAAACUGAUGAUCGAUCAGGAUCAGGCUCCCAACAUAGCGGCGCAUACGAAGAAGACUUCAAUGCUUCAUCGAACGAUUUAGACAGCAAUCAACAGGAGUCCACGCAUGAGAAUAACAACGAGUCGAUUGGAGACGAUGAUGAUGUUGAUGGCAUAGAUGCACGUUGUGUCGUAUGUGAGAAACAGUGUGGCGAUAUCGAUCAGUGAGUAAUGUUU